UAUGGGACAGAGGCAACCUCUCUUUGAACGCUAUGUCCUCUCCCUGACCUGCCUCUGAACCAGGGUCGGGGCUGCUAGCCCAUCCCCUGGCCGGAGCCAUGCGGCCAGAACCGCGGGGCCCGGAUCCAGCCUCUCUGAGCCCGGAGCGCGGGAUCGACUGCCCUGCCUAGGAAGGUGUAACCGCGGGAGGGGUCCAGGAUGGCUUUCCGGUUCCGCACCAUCCUCCCCUACGCCUUGCCGGGAGUGCUGGCACUCAUCGGCUGGUGGUGGUUUUUCUCUCGGAAAAAGGAGCGAGUCGGCAGUCACAGCCAGCCGACGAGGGUCGUGCCCGAAGACGUGAGAACGGGCAUGCCCAUUGAGGAAUCCCUCUCGGGGGAGGAAGCCGGCUAUGUCAGGGCGGCGCCUGUGCUGCCUGAAAAGCCAAGGCCCACAGGGGACAAGUCGUCUGUGGAGCCUCUGACUCUCCUGCGGCCAUGGCACUCGGCACCAGAGGUGCCGGAUUCUUCUCCCGGCUUCCCUGGAGCGAUGGGGACACGCGAGGACGACGACCAUCAGCUGGCAGUGGCCGGGUCUGGAGAUGAAGCCAAGUCCGCUGCUGCUGUGCAAAAAUCUGUCCUCCCGCCCCUCGGGGGCGCGUGGCACCACCCCGGGACCGCAGACCUGAUUGGUCCAGAGUCCACCUUCAGCAGAACCCCCGGAGAAGGUCGGCCCGUACAUCUGGAAACCGCUCCGGUUUUACGUGGCUCCGAGGAAGAGGUGGCGGAGGUGAAGGAAACGGAAGGGACUGAAGUUACCGCUACCGAAGGAGAGAGCGCUCCGUCCCAGACCUUCGGCAUGCAGCAAGAGAGCAGCGGUGAAGCGCCUGGCCAGGCUGCCCUGAAGGAGGAAGAAGAGGAAGAGGAAGUGAAGGAGAAGGAGGAAGUGGAGGAGAGCCCCUUGCACAGAGCUGGACCAGCUCCGAGCAAAGAAUGUCCAACUGGGAAUCUACUGAGCAGCUUAAUCGAGUUAAGCGGGACGGAGCUGCCCAGGCGAGAGGAACGCGUGUCGCACCAGAGGGGAGGAGGCAGGCGGCCUGGGGAGAGGCCGGAGGAGGAGGGUGGGCCGGCCCAGGGGCCGAGCCGAGCGGAGAACCCAGAGAGCAAUGAGAAGAUCGAGCAGGCGGCCUUACAGAUCAUCUCCAACGUGAUCUCGGCCGCGACGGAAGAAGUGCUGGCGGGAGCCGUGGGCGGCCUCGCGGACGGGCCAGGUCGGGCCUCGGACGGUCACGGUGCCGGCCGCGAAGAGGAGAGCGUUGCCCCAGCCAGCCAGAAACCUGCGCUGGGGCAGAGCGCCGUGGGCCAGGGGAGGGGCGGCUGUGAGACUGCCGCCGCCCAAGACCCUCCCCUCGUCCCGACCGGCCCCCGGGAGCACAAGACUUACGCCAGCUGCCUGCAGCACGGCCGCCUAUCCAGCCCCAUCUCGGGGGACCCGAAGGACCGCAAGUCAAAGAACUCGGCCUACCGGGUGCCCCCAACGCCCUCCCAGGGGGAGUCGUCUGAGGAGCCCGAUAUCGGGGCGGAAGACUCCGGGUGCAGCGCCUGCAUGUCCGAGGACUGUCCGAGCGUCUCGUCGGCCGCCCCGUCCUCUGACCCCGUGGACGCCCCUGGGCUCGGAGACUCUUCUCUCGACCCAAACGCGGACCCCGACGACAAGCCGCCGGCCCCUCUCCGGGACAGUACCGUGCCCUUCAGCAACGGGGUGCUCAAGGGCGAACCCUCCGACCUGGGGCCCGAGAGUCGCUGGACUACCGAGGCGGAGGCAGAUCAAUCUGGAGGUUCAGACGUGAACAGCAUGGACUCGGUGGACAGCGGCUGCGCCCUCGGGAAGACCGAGAGUCACCAGGGCUCCAAGGCGGGAUCCGAGCCCACCAAGGCUGAGCUCACCGUGUGGGAGAUUGAGGUGCCAAAGCAUUUAGUUGGUCGGCUAAUUGGCAAGCAAGGAAGAUAUGUGAGCUUUCUGAAGCAAACUUCAGGUGCCAAGAUUUAUAUCUCAACCCUUCCCUACACCCAGGACUUUCAGAUCUGCCACAUAGAAGGCUCUCAGCAUCACGUGGAUAAAGCACUAAACUUGAUUGGCAAGAAGUUCAAGGAACUGAACCUCACCAACAUCUAUGCCCCGCCCCCACCUUCUCUGAACCUGCCUUCUCUUCCAAUGACCUCCUGGCUAAUGCUCCCGGACGGGGUCACCGUGGAGGUGAUUGUGGUCAGUCAAGUGAACGCCGGCCACAUGUUUGUCCAGCAGCACACGCACCCCACCUUCCAUGCCCUGCGCAGCCUGGACCAGCAGAUGUACCUCUGCUACUCUCAGCCGGGCAUUCCCACCCUGCCCACACCCGUGGAAGUGGGUGUGAUCUGUGCAGCCCCUGGCGUGGAUGGGGCCUGGUGGCGAGCCCAGAUUGUGGCAUACUACAAAGAGAGCGGCGAAGUUGAGAUCCGCUACGUGGACUAUGGAGGAUACGAAAGAGUGAAAAUUGAAAUUCUUCGACAGAUCAGGUCUGACUUUGUCACACUACCAUUUCAAGGAGCAGAAGUCUUAUUGGACAGCGUGGUGCCUCUUCAAGAUGAAGAUCACUUCUCAUCAGAAGCUGAUGCGGCUGUGAUCGAAAUGACCCGAGGCACAGCUCUCCUUGCCCAGGUUACAAACUAUGACAGUGCCACGGGCCUGCCUUUCAUACAGCUGUGGAGCAUGAUUGGAGAGGAGGUGCUGUCUAUAAACCGGACUCUGGUGGAAAGAGGAUUUGCUCAGUGGGUAGACAGCUACUAGCCAAGCCUCUGCACCCCCCCUAAACCCCCUUCUUGCACUGUCUUAGAAUUGGGCUUGGCAGUCGGAGAGCUCACGGUCACAUCGCAUUACCGAACACUGGCCUCCCCCCAGGAGUCGCAUCCUUUAUGCCAUACUGUGUUCACUUUAAGAAGACAUACCUCAUCUACAUAAGGCAGGGAAUUCUCUUUUUUAAAAAAGCCAUAAAAUGGUAGCUUUACAGCCUCCUCUCCCUACUGGAGUUCCAAUCCUAAAAAAAAAAAAAAAAGCAAAAAAAAAGAAUCCCACACACAAAGUUAAACUUCAAAUAGGUUAUUUAAUCCAGUUAUCCCAAAAGGAAAUGUGGCUGGCUUCUUCUUAAAGGUCUAGUAGAUCUGGUUGACACAGGUGCAGAUGAGGAUUGAUUUUUUUUUUUUUCUUCUAAACUUGCUGCCUCAAGAUCAAACCUCACUAGUGUCAUUAACUUGCCACAGCCUGUGGGAUUUUUUUUUUUUUUGUGAAGGUGUUGAUCUCCCAACACCAGUCAACACAGGCAAGUUCCACCCAUGGCACUGAACCACUGUAAGGCACCUCAACCAGGACCUAAACCACUCAGCCCACAGAAAAGCAUGUGCUUCCACACAGGCCUGCCUGGGGAGAGCAGGCAUUGUCCCCACCCCAAACACUGCCAAGCCCAAUUGUAACCUGUAACCAUUUUCUAUCUGUGCAAAGUCUGUAAAUAUAUAUAAAAAAAAAUCAUUGUAAUAUUUUGUACAAGAGAAACACUGGAAACAAAGGGAACUCAAGUCUUUUUCACACCAAAUGUCAUCGGGGCAGUAGAAACGGUUUGUGCGGCGGGGGAACUGACCCUCUCUGAGCCUGUGGUCUAGAGGUCGCUCCUGGAUACGGAACAGGGGCCGGCCUGGCUCUAUGGUAGGUAUGACCGGGGAUCAAGGCAUUCUUUGCUACUUGGCUGUACAGAUCUGUAAAAAGUAACACAAGGCAUUAAUAUUGCAGUGGUGUGGUUUUUUUUGAUUAAAUUAAUCUUGCUCUUUUUAGAUCGAUAUCAGAUGUGCAAUUUAAAAUUGUUAAAAGUAAUUUAAGCUUAACUUAAAGUUCUAUAAAAAAAAAAAAAACUGACUUGUAA